UCCAUGUUCUCAUUGAAUUUUUGAUGGGUCAGUUCUGCACAACAAUGGAGUAGUUUUGAAAAUUGAUCGAGACCUUUAGCUCGUACCUAUUUUUACAGUGAAUGCAAGCAUUAUUUACUUCAUUGACUUAAAUCUUCAUAUAUUCGCAGGGCUAGUAGAUAAAAUAAGAGCUGCUAGCUAGAAAACUUGAUCACCAAAAAUGAAGUCUCUCAAUUUCUUCAUAGCUCUACUCUCCUUGCUUAGCCUUGCUACUAUCACUAAAUCACAGGACCCUUCUUAUCUCUAUCGUUCAUGCAGUAACGAGACAACUUACACGAGAAACAGCACUUACCAAGCCAAUUUAAAUCUCCUUCUUUCUUCACUUGUGUCCAAUGCAACCCGCAAUAAUCUUAAUGGAUUCUACAACUCCUCUUUAGGGCUGGACCCUGAUGAUGUUUAUGGCCUGUUUCUUUGCCGUGGCGACGUUAACAAAAAUGCUUGCCAGAAUUGUGUCGCCUUGGCUGCCAAAGAGGCAAUCCAACGUUGCCCAGUUGAAAAAGUGGUCGUUUUAUGGUACGAUUUGUGCUUCUUGCGCUACUCAAACAGGGCUUUUUUCGCUACCAUGGACCAAGACCCAGGAGUGACCUUGUAUAACACUCAGAAUAUCGCAUACGAACCUGAACGUUUUAACCGACUAGUGGCUACCUCCAUGAAUGAUACAGCCACUCAGGCUACAAGUGCUACUUCAGGAGCUAAAAAGUUUGCAGCUAAAGAAGUAUAUUUUAAUGAGUUUCUAAACUUGUACAGCCUUGUUCAGUGCACACCGGACUUGUCAAGCUCGGAUUGUAAUCGAUGUCUUAGGAUAGCUAUUUCUAGUUUGACCAGUUGUUGUGGCCAAAGGGCAGGAGCAAGAGUCCUGUAUCCAAGUUGUAAUAUUCGGUAUGAAACCUAUGAGUUUUAUAAUACAACAGCAGUGGCGGCAGAGUCGCCACCUCCUCCUCCGCCCGUGAUUCGUGCUCCUCCGCCCUCUCCAGUGUCGGGAUCAAAAGGAAAAGUCCGUGUCUCAACAGUUGUAAUUAUUGCCAUUGUCGUUCCUGUUGGUGUUUCUAUUGCGCUUUUCUGCCUGGGUUUCGGUUUCCUGAGAAGAAGGGGAAGAAAGAACAGAGAUUCGGUGAAAGAAAAGGAUGUUGGAGAUGAGAUUUCAACUGAGGAGUCCUUGCAAUUUGAUUUGAGUACUAUAGAAGCUGCCACAAACAAUUUCUCCCCCGACAACAAGUUAGGCGAAGGAGGGUUUGGUGAGGUUUACAAGGGAACAUUUCCUAAUGGACAACACAUAGCUGUGAAGAGGCUAUCAAAAUAUUCUGGACAUGGUGCAGCAGAAUUUAAGAAUGAGAUCGUAUUGGUAGCCAAGCUUCAGCAUAGAAAUCUAGUUAGGCUAUUGGGCUAUUGCCUGGAAGGGGAAGAGAAGUUACUAAUAUAUGAAUUUGUUCCCAAUAAAAGCCUCGACUACUUCCUAUUUGAUCCUGCAAAACAAGGACUGUUGGAUUGGUUAAGUCGUUACAAAAUCAUAGGGGGGAUUGCUCGAGGUCUCCUUUAUCUUCACGAAGAUUCCCGUCUCCGAAUUAUCCACCGUGAUCUUAAAGCAAGCAAUGUUUUGUUGGAUGGGGAAAUGAAUCCCCGGAUUGCAGAUUUUGGUGUGGCAAAGAUUUUUGGAGUCGAUCAAAGUCAAGGAAUUACAAGCCGAAUCGCUGGAACAUUUGGUUACAUGUCUCCGGAGUACGCAAUGCACGGACAGUACUCCGUUAAGUCAGACGUGUAUAGUUUCGGUGUCUUGAUACUCGAGAUUAUCAGUGGCAAAAAGAACAGCAGUUUCUAUCAAUCAGACAAUGGCAUGGGCCUUCUAAGAUAUGCAUGGCAGCAAUGGAAAAAUGGGGCAGCACUGGAACUAGUGGAUCCAAGCUUAGGAGAUUCUUACUCUAGAAAUGAGAUCACUAGAUGCCUCCAUAUUGCCUUACUGUGUGUCCAAGAAGAUCCAAACGAUAGACCCACAUUGACAUCAGUAGUUCUCAUGCUCACUAGUUUCUCGAUAUCGCUACCAUUGCCUCGAGAGCCAUCAAGCUUUGAGCAAAGCAUGACCAUCUCAAGCUUGCCAUUAACAGAGCUGGAGUCUGACCAAUCUAAUAUCAAGUCGAAGCCUUUGUCCGUGAAUGAUGUGUCUAUCACAGAACUAUAUCCUCGUAAAAUGAAGUCUCUCAAUUUCUUCAUAGUCCUACUCUCCUCGCUUAGCCUUGCUACUAUCACUAAAUCACAGGACCCUUCUUUUCUCUAUAAUUCAUGCAGUAACGAUACUACUUACACGAGAAACAGCACUUACCAAGCCAAUUUAAAUCUCCUUCUUUCUUCACUUGUGUCCAAUGCAACCCGCAAUAAUCUUGAUGGAUUCUACAACUCCUCUAUAGGGCUGGACCCUGAUGAUGUUUAUGGCCUGUUUCUUUGCCGUGGCGACGUUAACAAAAAUGCUUGCCAGAAUUGUGUCGCCUUGGCUGCCAAAGAGGCAAUCCAACGUUGCCCAGUUGAAAAAGUGGUCAUUUUAUGGUACGAUUUGUGCCUCUUGCGCUGCUCAAACAGGGCUUUUUUCGCUACCAUGGACCAAGACCCUGGAGAGUUCCUGUUUAAAUCUGAUCAGAAUAUCGCAGACGAACCUGAACGCUUUAACCGGCUAGUGGCAACCACCAUGAAUGAUACAGUCACUCAGGCUACAAUUGCUACUUCAGGAGGUAAAAAGUUUGCAGUUGAAGAAGUAUAUUUUACCAAGUCUCUAAACUUGUACAGCCUUGCGCAGUGCACACCGGACUUGUCAAGCUCGGAUUGUAAUCGAUGUCUUAGGAUAGCUAUUUCUAUUUUGCCUAGUUGCUGUAGCCAAAAGCCAGGAGCAAGCAUCCUAUAUCCAAGUUGUAAUGUCCGGUAUGAAACCUUUAAGUUUUAUAAUAUAACAACGGUUGCGGCAAAGCCACCACCUCCUCCUCCCUCUCCAUUGACAAGACCAAAAGAAAAAGGCCAUGUUUCAAUAAUUGUGAUUGUAGCCAUUGUCAUUCCCAUUGCUGUUUCUAUGGUGCUUUUCUGCAUAGGGUUCAGUUUCCUGAGAAGAAGGGCAAGAAAAAAAAGAGUUUCCUUGCCAGAAAAAGAUGAUGGAGAUGAGAUUUCAACUGUGGAGUCCUUGCAAUUUGAUUUGAGUUCUAUAGAAGCUGCCACAAACAAUUUCUCCCCUGAUAACAAGUUAGGUGAAGGAGGAUUUGGUGAGGUUUACAAGGGAACACUUCCUCAUGGACAACAAAUAGCUGUGAAGAGGCUAUCAAAAUAUUCUGGACAAGGUGCAGCAGAAUUUAAGAAUGAGGUCGUGUUGAUAGCCAAGCUUCAGCAUAGAAAUCUAGUCAGGCUAUUGGGCUAUUGCCUGCAAGGGGCAGAGAAGAUACUAAUCUAUGAGUUUGUUCCCAACAAGAGCCUCGACCACUUCCUAUUUGAUCCUGGAAAACAAGGACUGUUGGAUUGGUCAAUUCGGUACAAAAUCAUUGGGGGCAUUGCUUGAGGUCUCCUUUAUCUUCACCAAGAUUCCCGUCUCCGAAUUAUCCACCGUGAUCUUAAAGCAAGCAAUGUUUUGUUGGAUGGGGAAAUGAAUCCCAGGAUUGCAGAUUUUGGUAUGGCAAAGAUUUUUGGAGGGGAUCAAAGUCAAGGAAUUACAAACCGAAUCGCUGGAACAUUUGGUUACAUGUCUCCGGAGUACGCGAUGCACGGACAGUACUCCGUUAAGUCAGACGUGUAUAGUUUCGGUGUCUUGAUACUCGAGAUUAUCAGUGGCAAAAAGAACAGCAGUUUCUAUCAAUCAGACAAUGGCAUGGACCUUCUAAGCUAUGCAUGGAAACAAUGGAAAAAUGGGGCAGUACUGGAACUAAUGGAUUCAAGCUUCGGAGAUUCUUACUCCAGAAAUGAGAUCACUAGAUGCGUCCAUAUUGGCUUAUUGUGUGUUCAAGAAGAUCCAAACGAUAGACCCACGUUGUCAACAAUAGUUCUCAUGCUCACUAGUUUCUCUGUAACGCUACCAUUGCCUCGAGAGCCGGCAUACUUUGGGCAAAGCAGGACCGUCCCGACGUUUCCAACAACAGAGCUGGAGUCUGACCGAUCUACUUCCAAGUCGAAGCCUUUGUCCGUGAAUGAUAUGUCUAUCACAGAACUGUUGGGGAUUCCGUCUCCCCCAUGCGCGGACCGGGGGUGUACUGAUAUUUGCUCAUAGGAGGGUAAAGCACACUGACACAAUAUUUUAACGUGGUUCGGCAAAACCGCCUACAUCCACGGGAGAGAGUCCAUUUUAUUAGAGAUUAGAGAAAGGAUACAAAACAAAUACAUGGAGGAGGAGGAUCACUUCACUCUAACUCUACUCCCAACUCUCAUUGUUGCACUUGCAGCUGCUGCAAUGGCAGCAGCCUUGCUGCCAUUGCAGCUCUCCACUUUCUCUCUAUACUCUUCACAUUCUCACACCUCUCUUACUCAGUUUGCUCUACUCUCUUGCUGCCUAUUUAUAGGCAAGAAUGGUGCCACCAGCUCCAACUCUUCUUCAACAAAGGUGGCUGCCAACUCCAGCUCUUUUUCAACAAUAGUGGCUGCCAACCUUUGACAUCUUGGAUGGGUGCACAUGGUUGGUGCAACUCCAGCUGCAGCUGCUGCAAUUGUCAAUGGUUGUUGCACAUUAAUGGCAACCAACCCAACAAUCACCCCCUUUGCCAUUCAUGUAGGGCAACUGUCCUCUUGCUUCUUCAGCACAGGCUUGCAUCCUGCAGCUCUUCCAAGCUUACCAUUCCGAGAGCGCCUGUGGCCAAGUUUACAGGUACUCGCCAAACCUUUCAAUCACCAGAGUCACCAAAGCACACCUUUUCUCACACAAAAGGAUCACUACAACUAGAUGGUAUGCCACAUCACAUCACAAAAGGAUCACUACAACCAUGCUCGGUCCGGAAUGAUUCAUCAAGCCUCACACCAAGGCUUACAACACCCCCUCAAACGGAAAUUACCAUUUCCAAGUGCGACAGUCAUUAUCUGAGUAUCUCAAUAUGAUCACGAGCUCACCACUCUUCCAAGAGUCUACUCAUCCAGGAGUUGCGCCUGCCCUCUGUUCCACCCUAGGAACCACGCCUUACUUCUCCGUGAGUCUCUCGCUCUUAGUCUCAAGAGUCUAGGUAGCUCUCCACCUUCACCUAUGGGGGCAGCCCAUUAAAGGUUGAUCCAUAUAUGUCUUGAUACUGAGUAUUACAAUGCCUUCACUGAGCUCACCACCUUGACAAGAGUCAACUUGUUCAGGGAACCUGCACAUGCCCUCUGCUCCUUCAUAGCAGCCGCGUCUUAAUGCUCCACAAGUCAUCCACUUAUUUUCCAAGGUAAAUGUCUUCUAGCUCAUUGAUCUUUAGCAUGGGGGCAAUAUCCAUGAAAGUCAAUCCUGCAUUUGUCUUCAUACUCAUCAUAGCCACUUCAUUGGCUAUCCAUCUGUCCACUCAUAUCCAGCCAUCACAUUGGCUCUGGGGUUGUUCUGAACUUGGGCUCCUAUCGUGGCCCACACACCUUCUCCUUAGGUGUCUCCGCUCGUCGUCAUGCGGCGGUCUGAAAUGGGGCUCCUAUCGCAGCCCUCACACCUUCUCUAAGGCGUCUUCGCCCGUUGUUAUGGGGCGGUCUAAUCUUGGGCUCAUAUCAUGGCCCUUACACACCUUCCAUCUAAGGUGUCUUCGCCCGUUGUCAUGGGGCGGUCGCAUCCUCCUUCAGCUGAGAUGCUUCAAAGUGGCUCCAAAAAAGUUCUCUACCACCAUGUGUACUAUGGGAGAGAUAACUGCCACUGAUUACAUAGAAAGAGAAACUUGCGGUAUACUCCUCGCAAUCCUCCACCUCGAUUUCUAUGUUUGGAGCUUCUGUGCCUUUCUGCUUGACAGCUCCACCUACACCAACUCUCUUUGGUGUCUUCGCCUUUCAUCAUAGGCGGUCGCCUUUUAUCACAGGCGUUUGCACCCCCUCAAUUAGGUGCCUCUGCAACAGCUCUCUUUCCAUCCUUGCAUGCAUUGGAAAGGUCUUCGCCUAUUAUCUUCAUCAAGAGCAUAAGAGACUUCCUAUUGUACAAACUUUAACAGUCUCUGCUCUGAGCUUCAUCUGGGAACACUUCUUCUCCUUGCACCUGUUGUCUCAUUACAGUACCUCGUUGGAUCCUACGAGUACUCCUGCACAAUCUCCAUGUGCACUCGUGCAAUUUCUGUUCUCCAGAUUUCUCCAUAUUCCUUGCUUAUGUUUGACAGCAGCUCAUCCUGUCAUAACACCUGUCCAAGUCAAAAUAGGGUGCCAAUCUUUAUCCCCUUGCUGUAUUUCUCUUCCAUUAUCAGGGUCUUCAUCAAUUCUCCCUUCGAGAAAUCACAGUCACCGAAUCUAACUUCUUUGGAGAAAUCACCACUCCAUCAGAUCCUUGAACUUUUGGAACCCAACUGUUCCCUUGUGCCGCCAUCCUGCUAGUCUUCAACUGUUUCAUUACAAACUGCUAUAUAUAUGAAAAUAGUACCAUAUGGAUAAUCCUUCCACUAAGCAAGUUCCCAGGAAAGAUUGGAGGGGUCACACUGGUCCCGCUUAAAACCCAAUCUCCUAGACAGAACUUCUUAGGCCAUAUCUAUCCAUCGUACUGUCUUUCCGUAUAUACAACCAUUUGCUAGCUUUGUUGCGGCUUUCCUUUACAAGUGAUCUGGAAUAUACUGGUUUAAUACAUCAUUUCUCAACAUCUGGCGAGACUACUAGUGCUUAGAUUCGUCAAGAUUGGUCUUUCUUAAUUUUCACUCUACACCUCUAAUUGUCCACAUGAUCGGGUGUCCAGAGUGUCCCAAUUUUGCCUUCCUUCAAAGCAAUUAAAAUUCUCCCCACUUAGCAUUUUAGCACAUAUAAUUGGGUAAACAUGUGCACCUUCUUCUUCUUCAUCAUCAUCGACCACCACGAUGACCUUUAGAUGCCUCCUAAUCGGGCAAUCUCUUUUGUUAAUUCACCACCACCACUUUUGGUCUCAAAUCUCAACGAUCGUACCGUACCAUUGCAUCCGGAACGAUCAAAUUAGCUGGAAACAAGUCUGAAAUCGUCCAAAUCGCAUUUCAGACGGCUAAGAUUUGAUCAAAACAAUUCUGGCCUGAUGAACGGCCCAGAUUCAAUCUCAGAUCCGGUUGCACGUAGACUCCGCUGCACAGAAUCUUAUCCGUUGGCUCGCGGCUCGGCUCGGCUCCUUUUUGGCUCGGCUCGGCUCAACUCGGCUCAGUUCGGCUUGAGUCUGGUGACGUGACAGGUGGGUCCCACUUUGGUGACGUGGCUAUUGACUGGACGCUGACUGGUCUAUGACGUGGCUGCUGACAUGGCAUGCCUACUGUGCAUGAUGACUUCACCAUUACAUCAGGCUGAUGUCAUCAUGGGCCAUGCUACUGUACAUGAUGAUGUCACAUUACAUCAUGCUAAUGUCAUCCCUCACAUGUCUAGUGUUCAUGAUGACGUCACUUUUACGUCAUGCUGACGUCAUCCUUAUCCGAGUCAGCCACAUGGGUCGAGUCAACUGGUAUUCGGGUCGGGUCAACUCAUCCGGGUGAAGAAGACGCGUGGGGCGCGCGUGGGCAGACGCCUUGCCGGAGAGUGAUGGAGAGUGCGGCCAUGUCCGACGUCCGAUUUUGACGCCGUUUUCACCGUUGGCUUCGUCUCUUCCUCCUCUACACAGUGGUAUGGUCAAAACACAAUUUUGACAACUUUCAUUUUUGAGCAAAAAUCAAACACCUCUUUAAACCAUCAGCUCUGAUACCAAUUAUUGGGGAUUCCGUUUCCCCCAUGCGCGGACCGGGGGUGUACUGAUAUUUGCUCAUAGGAAGGUAAAGCACACUGACACAAUAUUUUAACGUGGUUCGGCAAAACCGCCUACAUCCACGGGAGAGAGUCCAUUUUAUUAGAGAUUAGAGAAAGGAUACAAAACAAAUACAUGGAGGAGGAGGAUCACUUCACUCUAACUCUACUCCCAACUCUCAUUGUUGCACUUGCAGCUGCUGCAAUGACAGCAGCCUUGCUGCAAUGGCAGCAGCCUUGCUGCCAUUGCAGCUCUCCACUUUCUCUCUAUACUCUUCACAUUCUCACACCUCUCUUACUCAGUUUGCUCUACUCUCUUGCUGCCUAUUUAUAGGCAAGAAUGGUGCCACCAGCUCCAACUCUUCUUCAACAAAGGUGGCUGCCAACUCCAGCUCUUUUUCAACAAUAGUGGCUGCCAACCUUUGACAUCUUGGAUGGGUGCACAUGGUUGGUGCAACUCCAGCUGCAGCUGCUGCAAUUGUCAAUGGUUGUUGCACAUUAAUGGCAACCAACCCAACAAUAACUAUAUCCUCGUUAAUGCAAAGAAAAUAAUCUUCAAAACAUGCAUGCAUGUCAGUUUAUAAAGAGAGUUGGAGAUGAAAAUUUAUGAAUGCUGUAAGGUCUUAAAAAUCAAGCAAUUAUUUUCUUAUGAUCCUCCAGGUUCAUUAUGAUAUAUUCUAUUGCCAAAACAAUUCAAUGAAGACUGCUUGUUCUAGCAUUUUAUGAUU